AUGGCGAUAAUAUCUGACGGGAAGAAAACGGCCCGAGUUCUGGCUAUCGCGAAUGAUUGCGAGUUUCUAGAGACCAACUUAAAGUCAUACGAUUGGCCCCGGCGUUGGAACAGACUGCGUAUUUACCAUCCCCCUGGGGAAUCAGCGGAAUCAGCGGAAGCAUCGAGUCGUAUUGAACGUUUACUUGUUCAAGCGCUCAAGAAAUACUUAGAACGUACAGACCUUUCCUUCGCCGAGGCACCGCCAGCUCUUGCCCAUGCAAUCCUCAUGGAUGCGUUCGGCAAGAAACUGACGGAAUGGCCAGAGGUCCGGUACACCGCCGACGUUAGAGGAUCUCCGAAACUUCAGGUGUUGCAGUUAAGGCCCUUACAGCCAGAGGAACGACAGCAUCUCUGGGAUGAAGUUUCGGCGGAAUGGCAGUCAGUUAUCCUGAAUUCGACAACUGCCCAAUUUGAUCUGGAAAGCCGCUUUGAUGUCGAAAGCCGCUUUGAUGUCGAAAGCCGCUUUGAUGUCGAAAGCCGGCUCAGUCAUCCUGUCCGUGAACAAACCGGAAGCUUUUGGCGGAGCAAGAAGUUCUUUUGGGGAUUGGGAUUGGGUACCGCUAUUGGUGGCGGGAUGCUGACAGGAGGAUGGUUGUAUUGGCGCCAUUUUAUGAGGGACACGGCUGGGAUGGGCCGGCCUGUGCGCCUGCAACCGAACGUUCAUACGAACUGGACGGGUGAAGUUUCUGAUCUGGAGUUGGCUUCCUUGAGAACGCCGGAGAGUAUGUGCGAACGGACAUACUACAAUGUGAUGCAGGGGAAUACGCCGGCACCGAUGAGAGAAGCCACAGAGACUGGUUGGCAGGUGCUAGACUGGAGUGAUUGUGAGAAAUAUGGUGGUAGACUAGUUUGUGAGAAUAGCGGCGGUGGUGAGAAUAGCGGCGGUGGUGAGAAUAGCGGCGGUGGUGAGAAUAGCGGCGGUGGUGGCGGUGGUGAGAAUAGCGGCGGUGGUAUGAGUCCGGGUUGGAACACAAACGACGGGAACCUUGGGUGUCAUUACUUUGGCACUCCGUGGAAAUUCGAUCUUCCUACUGUGUGGGUGGGUGUCGUUCGUCACUUAAUGCCUACUCAGUGCUCGUUCCAGUGCAACGAGGAGGAGGAACACAGAAAAUUACUGUAUGUUCGUCGAGCGCUGGAGGUUGCGGGUUCGAUUCCCGGCGUUGACUUGAACGGGGCCAAUGAACAAGACUUGUACAAGCUAGGAGUCCAAGUUACCUGGGGUUCAUACCACUCGUCCGAAGGCGAAAACAUUCCGUUCGACGAAGAUGAUUACAGUGGCUGUGACGAGACACGCUACCGGAGUGUGGUCCAAACUCCCUCAGGCGUGGACAUAAAAUGGGGCUGGGUCACCGGAUUCCUAACCGACGAAUUUGAGCCGGAAAAGUACCAUGCUGCUCGUCGCACAGAGGGUUACCACGUGAAAAGCUGGGCCAUCCAAUGCCAUAACACGACCGAUGACUUCAAACAGAAGGCUCUAAAAAUCUGGGCCAAGGACGCAUCAACUACUAAAUUGGUCACAGCGACCAAUGGUCCAGACCGACGUCUGCUGAACCAACCGUCGACGACAACUGGGCAUUGA